CUUGGGACUGCGCUAAGCCCGCGGCAGACACACACACUUGGUGUGCCUAUAAGCGAAGCGCACGCCAGAGAACUUGAGGUCCUCCAGCGACUACCGGAGUGGAGCUACCGUUUCAAGCCACGCGAUCCCACGGGAAUCUCCGCUGACAGCGCGUGAGUGAGGGUCUCAAAAGAUUCCUUCGGAGACGUCGAAAAGUAUUCGGUGUCACUACAAGAGGAGAGACGAGGAAACAACUGCUCUGCAAUAGUUAACUUUUGAACUGUCUUUAGACUAGUGUGAAAUGCAACUGGUUGCAUUUCGAAACUAUUUCGUGCAAGAAAGUUUGUAGUGGAACAACUUUUCUGCUCUCGGACCUUGAUUGCAUUGCCUACCCCAAUCUACGGCAAGACGGGGAGUACUUUCAUCACUCUACUUCAGUAGGUUCUUGCUACUGGCUUUGAGUGCAUGCAAUACGGACAAUUUCAACCUGUAGGAAAAACGUGGACAACGGUUGCUGAAAAAGAAAAACAAUCAAGUGUGGAAUAUUGCACUGGUGCUGCUAAGGCAAGUUGGACUAUUUUAACCCAUGGAUCGCGCCCUGGCGUCGGGUCGCUGUGGAGCCUGAACACCCCUGGACGCUGUGACAGAGAGAGGCGUUCAUAAAAGCACAGCGUAAAAAUAACAUUGGCUGGGACUGCCCUCAUUCCCGGGCCGGUGACAUUUCAAACGUGCUCAGGUCCUCUUUGUGGGGCUCUUUCUCACGGUAACGGAAACGGUGAGGCGAGGGCCUCUCCUUUUUUCUCUGUACCCUUUCUUUGGUUGUAUAGCUGCCCUUCAUUCCAUGCUGCACGAGCCCCAAACCUCCGUCAGAAAGUCUAGACAGUCUGCCGAGGCUGCUUCGAGUCUCCAGAGUCACCAUGGCAACCCCCAGAAAUCCGAAGUGACUUUUUUCCACCACGCUUUUUUCUCGCCCUGUUUUUUAUUGGAGAAACUAAAAGGAGAGAGGGGUGGUGGCGCCAUUUUAAGCGUGUUUAAAAGGUUGUACUAUUAUAUUGUUGUUGUGUGUGUGGUUAUCUGACUUCGCAGAGAUUACGCAGCAAAGAGAACUGCAUCAUUUUAAGUUUGGCGCGAGAUCCCCAUCCGGAGAAUCCCUAAAAAGAACGCGCUGCUUGCUCGCGGAGUGUCAUUCAAACCACGCUGCCACGCGGUCUAUUAAAAGUAUCGUCUUGCCCGUGCUCUUGGCUUCGACUAUUUAUGCCAUUCUCGGGCGCCACAGUUCAAAGAUCCCUGUAGCACACUAACGAGUGGGGACAUUAAAACACUUUCGUCCGAAGCCUAACUGGACUAAGGCAAGCCACAAGUGCACCCACGCACACACACACACACACACACACUCUUCACACAGACACUAUACAGACAGCCAGACAUGGGCUGCUCCCUUCAAAUGCUGCUGCCGCUGCUGCUGCUGACACUACUGUCCGCUCACCUGGGCUCGUGCCAGCAUUACCUGCCGCACUACCGACUCAGGCCAUCCCCGAGUGAUCACCUCCCAGUGCCAGAACUACACGAGGACCCAGACCCUGAGUACGACCCACGGGAACAAGACCUGGUGGAACGGACACUGAGGAAAAAGCUUGGAAGCAACUUUGACCCCAACUUCAUGUCCAUCAGCGCUCCCGCGCAACUCAACCUCUCGCACGCGCAGCUGGAGCUGCGCAUGCAGGGCCCCAUGCCAAACGAGAUCAAAAAGCUGGACCUGUCCGAAACGCCAUAUGGCAAGCGGGUCAAGGUGGGCAAGAAGGCCCGCAGGAAGUUCUUGCAGUGGUUGUGGACGUACACGCACUGUCCUGUGGUGUACGCCUGGAAGGACCUGGGCGCGCGCUUCUGGCCGCGCUACAUCAAGGAAGCGAACUGCUUCAGUGAGCGCUCCUGCUCGUUCCCAGAGGGCAUGUUCUGCAAGCCGGUGAAGUCCAUCACCAAGACCUUCCUCCGGUGGUACUGCCAGGGCUUCCUGCGGCAAAAAUACUGCACGUGGAUACCGGUGCAAUACCCGAUCAUCUCCGAGUGCAAGUGCUCAUGCUGAAUGGGCAAAGGAGCUAUGUUGUGCGUGCGUGUGAGUGUGCGUACAUGCGGUGCGUGAGUGUGUAUGCAUGUGUGUGUGAGUGCGUGUGUGAGUGCGGGUUUGGGAGGGAGGUGCAGAGAAAGUGGGGAAAACACAUAAAGGAGAGGGGGAAGGUGAAUGUGUGGGCCUGUGUGUCGUGUGUGGUCGCGUGGGUGUCCCUGCGGACGCAUGUACGUGGACUGGAAAAUAAAAAAAGAGAAAUAAGCCGUUUUUUAUUGCACUGUUUAAACUGUCACUGAUGUGGGCACCAUAGCGAAUCUAUUUUUUUAUAUAGCAUUUUAAUUGAAAUACCAACAUUGUAUAUAUUUAAGAGAAGCGAAAGCAGCUAUUUUUGUGUAUUGAACAGGACCAUGUUUGAAUUGAGCCCUGGAGGGGAGUCGGCACUUCACACAGAAGACCUUUUAGGUGUUUUUUUUUUUUUUUUUAAUCCGAGAUGGAAUGCAUACACUUCUCCAAGAAGUUCACUUUUUUCAACUGAACAGUAAUGCUGACUGUUGUUUCACUGCAAUGCUGCCUAGAGUUUUUUUCUAUGUAUAUUAUUAAUAUCAGUAAUAAUAAUAAUUAAAUGAAAAGUUGAGGAUAAAAUUAUAUAUAAAGGCGUGAACUCAGCUUUUGGAAUAUCUAUAGUAUUGUAGAAAGGUUCCACAGAACUCUUAUUUAUUAUUUUAACGGUUGUGAUUAUAGCGGCUGUAAAGGGAUGGUUUAGCAGAAUAUACCGGAUAAAUAUGGAAGAUGAUGUUUACUUGAAUAUUUCUAAAAUAAAAAAUUAAAAAGCAUAAAUAAAAAACCUAUCCGUGUAAAUGGUCAUGAUUGCGCGCUGAGCCAAAUAAAGGCUACAUGUUUCCAAGUCUACAUGUUUCUGAAAACGUGCGAAUUUGCCACA